GCCUACUGUUCAGACAAACUCUUCCUCUACUUGAAUGUAUAUCCCACUGUGAAAGGGAAGGUUUCACUUGUGUCUGAAGAUAAAGCAGCCAUGUGGAUGUACGUAUUGGCUUUGGUGGUCCUGUACUAUGUGGUGCGCUGGUUUCGUGAGCUGGAGAGGGUUCAAGACAGAGGGAGUAAGUACGUGUACAUCACUGGCUGCGACUCCGGCUUCGGGAACCUUCUAGCGCGCCAUCUGGACAAGUGUGGAUUCUGUGUGGUGGCAGCAUGUUUUACAGAGAAGGGGGAAGAGGAGCUGAGAAAAUCCUGCUCAAGCAGAAUGUCUACAAUCCAUCUGGAUGUCAGAAAGCAGGAAAGCAUUGACAAGGCUACAGCCUUUAUCAAGGAGCUAGUGGGGCAGAAAGGUCUAUGGGCUGUGGUCAAUAACGCGGGGGUCUCCCUUCCCUCGGCUCCCUGUGACUGGUUGUCCCUGGAAGACUACAAGUCCAUGCUGACUGUCAACCUGGAUGGAGUCAUCGGUGUGACCCUGAGUGUCAUUCCUCUCAUUAAGAAAGCCAGGGGACGUGUGGUUAACGUCGCCAGUGUGUUUGGCAGGAUCAGUCCAGUUGGAGGACCCUAUUGUGUGUCCAAACAUGGUGUGGAAUCAUUUAAUGACAGCCUCAGGAUAUCUAUGCACCCAUUCGGAGUAAAAGUCCUGUGUAUUGAGCCAGGUUUCUUUAAGACCGGUGUGACGGACACCGAUUUGAUACUCCGAAAUAUUAAAAUGCUUUGGGAAAGAUUGCCGAAGGAGACAAAAGACGACUAUGGAGAUGAUUACUUAAGCAAAGUGGAAACAAUGUUGAAUAAGAAGUUGAGCAAGAUGUCCGACGGUGACUUGAUGAAGGUUGUGAGCUGUAUGGAGCAUGCCAUCUCAGCCGUGCACCCUCGCACCCGUUACUCCCCAGGCUGGGAUGCAAAAUUUUUCUGGCUGCCACUUUCUUAUGCCCCAACCUGUAUUUCUGACUACUUGCUACUUAAAGACAUCAUCAAACCUGCCAAAAUGGUGGAUUAGACAGAUGCAGUGAACUGUACAGUCUGAUGUUUGGAAAAAUCUAUAUUUCUUUAUCACUUAGUUUUGUUUUUUUUUAUUUAUUUUUUUUUUGUCAUUAUCUGGGGGGGCAAGUGUGUUUAACAACCAGAAUAAGAUAAAUAAACAUACUUCCUAGUGAAAACAA